AUGUCUCCGGGCGCGGAAGAGUUGACAAUGUUAGGGGCAAACAAUAAUGUUUUGCCCUUAAUACCCCGGUCUACCAUUGAACUUGAAUUCAAAAAUAUAACAUGUACUGUGAAUUCAAUUGUGAUGAGCAAGCUACAGCUCGAAACAAAGCAGAUUUUAAAAGGUGUAUCAGGAUGUUUCAAGCCCGGACUUACAGCCAUCAUGGGUCCAUCCGGAGCUGGCAAAACUACGCUCCUCAACAUUCUUGCUGGAUACUCAACACGAGGUGCAAAAGGUGAAAUCUCAGUGAACGGCAACUGCGCUUGCGCGUCAAAAGCUGCAGGUCGCGGUGGUGCACGCUAUAUUAGACAACAGGACGAUCUGCGCGUGCAUCUUACUGUGUACGAAGCUAUGUCUCUUGCUGCUGCGCUCAAGCUGGCUGACUUUCGGGCUUCCGACCGAAAAGAAAAGGUUUAUGAAAUUUUAGCACUGCUGGGAUUAAGUGCAACUGCGCAAACUCUCUGUCGAGACUUAUCAGGUGGUCAAAAAAGACGUCUAGCAGUAGCCUUGGAGUUGCUCUCUGACCCUUCACUCUUGUUUCUGGACGAGCCUACUACUGGCUUAGACUCGUCAGCAUCGGCAUCUCUCAUCACUUUACUAAAUAACCUGGCCCGAGGUGGAAGAACACUUGUAGCAACUAUACACCAACCUUCCGCAUUACUUUUUGAAAAAAUUGACACGGUAUACUGUUUGGAAGAAGGAAGAACUUUGUAUUCUGGACCGAGAGCAAGUUUGAUACCAGCAUUGGCUAGUGCUGGUCUGACAUGUCCGCCUUAUCAUAAUCCGGCUGAUUUCCUAAUGGAGGUUGCAUCCGGCGAGUACAGUGUGGACUUAAUCAAAGCAGCUCAAAUGAUGACCCAGUUUAAACCGGAACCCGAAGGCAAUGGAAGUUGGGAAAGACACAUUCCUACUAUACCGGCAUUGCCUGGCCCUUUAGAUUUCAGCUCUACUCUUAAACCUAGCAGCAUUGGAAUAACAAAUCGGGACUACAAAAAUAAAAAAAUAUCCAAAAAUAUCUACAGACCUUCGGGCCUUCUAAGACAAACGGGAAUUCUACUCUACAGAAACUAUUUAAUGACAACAAGAAACUAUUCUUUAUUCCUGUACCGGGUGGCAGCUCAUGUAGUGAUAGCACUAGUCUUCGGCUAUUUGUAUCUCGGAGUGGGAAGCGAAGCGGACUCAGUGCUUGGCAACUACGUCUAUUUGUAUGGAUCUAUGCUUCUCGUAGUGUAUACUGGCAAGAUGUCUGUUACCUUAUCCUUUCCCUUAGAAAUGGACAUAUUAAAAGGCGAGUACUUCAAUCGAUGGUAUAACCUUGGACCCUAUAUCGUAUCAACAUUAGCAGUCGAGCUACCAUUCCAGAUGAUAUCGUGCGUCUCCUAUGUAGUACUAUCGUACUGGCUGACGGAAAACCCGCUAGAGCCGACUCGAGCAACGCUAUUCUUAGCCACUAUCGUUGCUACAUCUUUAUGUGCACAAGCCUGGGGAUAUUUCAUCGGCUCCACAACGCCUACCAGAAUUGCAGUAUUCAUAGGCCCUGUGCUAGCGUGUCUGUUCUCCGUGUUUGGUUUCUGCCUUGCAUUGGUAGACACUCCUUACUCGUUCCGUUGGCUUCACCAUAUUUCGUACUUCAGGGCUGGUUUCCACGUUGCAGUACAUUCCGUAUAUGGAUUCAAUAGAACUAGAAUGCAUUGUUCUAAAGAAUAUUGUCAUUAUAUAACACCAAAGACGUUCCUCAAAGAAAUGGAUAUGGAAAAUAUUGAUAUCGGUGGCAACAUGGCUCUUGUUUUAUCGACAGCGGUAUUGAUGCACGUGCUUACUGCUGCCGUUCUUUGGUAUAGACUCAAUAAGAGAUAA